AUGACAGUCAGUCGAGUUAUUAUUGGUCAACAGGAGAAGAACGAGUUUGCAUAUAGUUACCACAAGAACGCCCUCUUUUGCCGCCCGGAAGGAGACAAUUACCGGAAUGGAACUGAUUCAAACCUUCCAUUAGCUCCAUCUCAGGUUGAAGUCUCAUCUUCUUCAAAUAUUUUGGGAUUAAAAGGUCGGUUUGAUGAAUACCUACUUCAGGCCCAAACCCCAUUGGCCCCGAAAUGCGAUGAAACCCCCAAUUCAGCCUUGCUGCUCCAUUCGGACGAGAAUCGCGUAUUCAUCCACGACCUUGAUACUAGAGCAUACGUAUCGCUUGAAAUCCCCAAAUCGGGCGAAGAAGCAAAAAUGAUUCCUCUAGUCUGGAUAGGUAGAAGCGAAAAGCGAAAACCAAGAGUCGCCGACCAGAUUCUUGCUCAGGUCAUCAUAGCAGCGAUGGAACUUAGUCAAGAGCUGAAUCCGCUUCGAGAGAUUGCCAUCAAGCUCAUCAAUUCUGAUCCGGCGAACCCAUCGACAUGGGCGGUAGAUCUAACGCCUCUAAAGCCCAUUGUUAAGCGGCACUUAAGACAUUGGGAUGGAGUCGCCCAAUUACACCUGAACUGGGCAAAGAAACCUCUCCUAACAAGACUUAGAAGCACGAGGCCGACCGGAUUUCCGAAGAUCGAUGGCUCCUCCCGCUUGAUGUCUUACGCGGACACUAUGGAAGAGAAGGGGCAGCGAGACAAUUACUGGAGUACAAAGGCAUUGACCGACGCUUCGGGGCUGGCGACCUCCUUCAUAGGAAAUGCUUUCGCCGAAAUGCAAGGACGAACCUCAGCACCAAUUUAUGAGCUAGAAACGCAGGCGUAUCCUUUCAGCCUCGAACAGGAUGAGAAAGCGGACAACAAGGCCAAAGACCUAUUAUGGGAUUGUCGGCUCUUGGGUUUCUCGAAGGGAAUGCGAAUCGGUGGUCUUGAAUGGAUAGGCUCUAAUUUGGAUCUGAAAAAAUCUUAUUGGGGAUCAAAGCUCCGUGAGCAGUUACUGGUCGACUCGGGAGUUUUUGGAACCAUCGGGCAAGCGCAAGCUUUCAUUCAGGUAGUGUAUCCAUAUAAUUGGUACUCCCCCUUGAAGCCAGGACGCAACCCUAGCAUACAAAUCGACCUUGGAGCAUCUUUACACAACCACGACAGCGAUACAGCCAAGGUGUAUAUUGCAGCUCUUGCUGCACGCGCUGUGUUUGCCGGUAUUCCCACCUGGGAACUCGUAGACAAGGUUUUGAUUCAAGGUGGAUGGCCACAUUUGAGGCAGUACUCUCGGGGCUUCAGCACCACAAUUUUCACCGUAAUGGUAACUCUUUUUGCUGCAGUGGAGAGCUACAUCAUCAACCAACAGUCUCCUCUUGGACCACUGAUCAUACAACUGGCUGGGAAGCUUGUCGGCCCAGUAGGGGGUACAAAGAGCCCAUGGAGGGUGAGAAAGGAUGUUUACUUGAAAGAUUCGAAAGUGAAUAUCGCUUUGGCAGCAUUUGAGGGCACAGCAUCAUGGACACCUUCCGCGACACCAGCAUUUAGGGUACCCGCACCAUACCCGAGCCAUAUUGUUACUGGUCACGGAUGCAAGCAUGACGUUUCGAAGACUCCCCGAUCUUCUGAGAGAGUAAAGAUUGCGAACAACAUCAACGAUCUCUCAAACAUGACUGUAAACUGUGCAGGAAUAACAGCGGUGCAGACCUUGUCGACCGCUCAAGCGAAGAACGAGGCUUUGCAAUUUUGUAGCACUUCGUGCACACUAACCGUACUGCGGGGAGAGAAGCAAUGUGUUGGAUGUGCGGUAAAGCUUGCCUGGACCAUAGGGGCGGUUGUGCGCGCUUUGCAUGAGGUCGGACUUGAUUUCUUAGAAAUAGAUGAUUUGUAUAUUUGUGGAGUAGUACCUGUACCGUUUAGGGGAACACGCGCCGUGACCAUGUUUAUCGAUCCUUAUGGUAGUGUAAUGGCAAGUAGGCAGGACAUUGAAUGCUGGGUCCCGCUGACGGCUCGUUUACCCUGUCGCCCAACCCCCUGCUGGCGAGCUAGCCGGACAUCCCCAUUGCGCGCCUGCCACCUACUGUGGACAUUUGGGGGUAACGAGAGUAAACCUUAG